AAGCUUCAAGAUUCAAAUAAAUAGUAGUAUCGAACUCUUUUACCCGAAGGAAACCGUGUCUUUAUCAUCUCUUUGUUUACAUCUAAAUACUCUUUCAUACGUUCAAAACUCUUCCAGGAUUCAUCACGAAAACUGUUUCGAAAGCUGCUUUCUGUGUGGCUUCUUUUUAAAAAUAUUCCAGGCGGAAGAAAAGGCAAAGAAUGGAACAAAAGAAAGAAGAUGGCAGCAAGAACAUGAAGGUGGUUGGUGGCGUAGCGAUUCACAGCCAGGUUAUGAAGAUCAAGCAAGAGAGUGAGAAGAUGAAGCAGCCGGAGAUUAGACGAGUGGCUUACGGAGUCGCCAGGCAGCGGCCAAGGUCGCCACUGGGGCUGGCGGAGAGGGAGAGAGCAACUGUUUCUUCAUCAGUUGGAGUUUUUAGAAAUAAUUACCGUGUAUGAAAUAUAGAAUUUCAGUUACUUUGAUGAUGAUGAUGUUCAUGUGGGUAUUUCUUGUGUUAGUUUGUACGUUUUCUUAGUGAUCAGCUUCUGGGAUUUCUUGUUUGUUUCAGUUGUACAUGUCUUGGAAACCAGAAAUCAUUUUUGUGCCUUUUUUUUUUUUUGUUUUCUUUUGUUUGUUUCCUGGGAAAAUUUCAUAGAAUGAAACAGAAACAACAUCUUCAUAAGAAAAUUAAAAAAACCAACGGUUUUAAUGUC